AUGUCCUCAAAUCUCGGCCCAACGGCUAUUCCUACCGAUCCCGAAGAUACACCUCAAAGAACUAUAGAUCCCUCGGAAAAGAGAAAGAAGGGUUCAACCUCAAACAAUUUUCUUAAUGAUCAUGAUGAUAUUCAGGAAAACAGAAAGAAAAAGCUGAAGCAGGACUCUUGGCCCGAAGAAACUCUUGUUUCUUCGUCUUUGAUGAGCAAUUCUUCAACAUGGUUGGAGGUUACAGGCUCAACAUCCAACUCGGAGCAACAAUUACACGAUCCUCAAUCCGUUGUGCUCAGAAUCAGCGCUUUUGAUGAAUGGACGGCACAUCAAAUUGCCUCUCUUCUUUGCAUGCCAAUGAGUAAGGGUGGUGCAUCGUUAGAGGUUCCUGAUAUCCAACUACUAUAUUGCAACGGUUUCAACGGAGCAUGUAUUAACAACAUUCUGCUGGACAUCAAAAGAGACAUGUCUAUCGCACACAAAAACAUGAUGGAAGACUUUCCUCAAGUUUCAUCAAGAGUAUGCAGGACCAUUAUUAAUUGGGUUAUUUGUACCCUGAAAGAGCGACUUGUUAAUUUAUGGACUGAAACCGAUGUCAAGUCUAAGCUUUGUCAACCAAAAUCUAAAGGAGGUAUUGAUUUGUCUAUGGACCAGGUGCAGAUGUUGUAUGAGGAAAAAUUAGACGGAACAAGUCUAUCAAUGAUCAUGAAAUUACUACAGGUUUACAACAACUUAUCUUCUGUUGAUAUAAUGAAACAAGUACUCAAAAAAGACAUUAAUUCAUCCACUUGCACUGCGGUUUUGAAUUGGGUAAACGAUAAUUUGCUAGAAAAGGACAAGAUACAAGUGGUGUUGCAAAACGUCGAACUGUUAUCCAGAGGAAUUGACGACCAUAACGAUGAUUCGUGGUUGCAAAAUCAAAUUCUUUCUCUAAACAUGGCUUCACAACUUGAAAUGGUAAACAGAGUAGAAAAGAUCUACCACGAAGCGUUGAUGAAAAUUACCAAGCAUCUUGAUCAAAAACUGUUUGAUCUAUCAGCAAUUCUUGCUUACAAACCAACCUCGUUACAUGUUGGAACUAUUGAAUCAAGCAUUCCUCCGUACGUUUCUCAUUUAUGUAAGAACAAAAUGCUUCCAGUUUCCAGGAUCGAUAACAAGUACACUUUUCGGAAACAUUAUCUACCUUAUAUUCCUUCGCUUCAAAUUACAACGAGUCAAGAACAGUUUCUUAGCGUUGAGAAUAAGGAAGCUUAUAUUAUUUUAUCACCAUCAGGAAUUGGGAAAACCUCACUGCUUAUUCGAACACUUUCUAAAUACCCAGGAUUACUUUUAACAGGAACAGCUUCUUAUGAAGGAGGGUCUAGACAAACAACAGAUGCUGCCGUUCAACAACUGAUGGCUCUUGUAAAUGGGCAAAGCAGGACAACUUCUUUUGGAUGUGUUAGACAAGUGAUACAAUUGUUACUCAUUUCUAAAUUGUUACACGUGAUUUGUUUGAUAGAGGAAGCACAGAAGAAUAAUGACGUGUUGAAACCAUUUGGUUGGAAAAUUUUACCAUAUCUAGCCUUUAAUCAAAGCAAUGGAAAUACCACACAAACUUGCAGAAUUUUUGUUGAACUCUCACAAGUUUACCAAUACACCACAAACCUGCCACAAUUACGAGAAAUUACAAGAAAAUUAAUCCAGUUCGUCAAGCAAAUGAUUUUUACAAAUUUUAGUGACCAGUUACCAAUCACACAUGUUUGGAACAAGUCUAACGAUUUGCCGUUUCUUAUUUGUGUAGAUGAAGCAAACAUUCUUGAAGAAACUUGUAUCCACAAAUAUCUCUCUUGUCGAGGAAACGAAAGAGGUGUUCUUUCAGUUAUGGCAGGGGAAAUUGAGAGUUUAAAGAAUGAUAAUAUUUCAAGUUUUUAUGCAGGCACAAAUGUUUCUAUUGACAUCUCACAAAUUGUUCAAUCAAAUUUAAUGAAAACUGAAGCAAAAUCUAUUGUCCAUUUCAUUACGCAGUUUGAAUACUUGAACAAAACAAAAUUUAUUAAUUAUUUAACACAACACAUCACUGUCGACCCAGCAAUGGAAAAUGAAAUCAACAAUUUAUCAAAUUCAUUUUUCCCAAUCAGAAUUCGUCAAGCUGCCUUGUUUUUGGAGAAUUAUUUGAACCGAGUAUUGAACAAAGAAAAAAUUGCAAUAGCAGACUGUUUCAGCUUGGGAAUGGAGUCUGCACGAAUGGAGAUUGAGAGAAACGUAAACAAUUUUUUCACAGCAAUUCCAGUUAAACAUCGAGAAGCCUAUAUCAAUGCAUUCAGUGGUAGUCUUUUCCAGUAUAUUAUUCAUCACAUGUAUCAUGACAUAUUGGGAUAUUACUUUGUGGAAAGAAAUCAAUACAGUGCUAGAAAUUUAUUGGUCUCUGGAUUAACUUGCCCCACCAAUGAAGCCAUGACAGAAUUUGAAGCAAAAGAUGCACUUGGGUUCCAAACAGCACAGCUAAUCCUCCGCCGUUUUAAUGCUCACGAAAGGAUUCAACCUUAUGAACUUGCCAAGCAAUUGUUAGAUAUUACACAUACAAGAGAGAAAACAGAAGUGGUUGUUGGACUACAUUUAUUGUCUUGUGAUGGAAAACAAUUGGAUGAACUGUUCUCUAAUUUACCAAAUACUAUGGAUGGAUCAACAAUAUUUCAUUGCACAAAACUAUUGAGUCCAAACAGUUAUAAGCAGUACUGUAUAGAGAAAUGGAAUGAAACAAAAGUGCUAUCAGGAGAAGAACUUUUUAUUUCACAUAUCAGGGACAAACAGUGGGACUUUUUAAAUGGAAUAGCUUUUAUGCCAUCUCACUAUUUUCAUCCAGAUAUAAUUGUUUUCUUCAAAGGAAAAUCAGGAGAAAUCAUUAAUUUUAACAUCAGUGUCAAGAUGUUAUCUGGAAAGGAAAUGAAGCAGGACAAAGGAUACAAAUCCACGAUCACAAAAUUGAUGUUUUUGAACAAUUACAAGCAGGUAGAUUUAUCGACCAUUCAGAAUUUGAAAACAGCUAAAUUUUCAUCAAGCGUUGAAUUACUUAAUUUUUUGAAUGGCAGCAACAAGAAGGACAAGAAAAACAUUCACUUUCCUGAAAACUCUUUUUGGAGCGCAAGCUUUGGUCAAAUCAUGGAAUCCUUAGACGCUGUAAAAACUGUUUCAGUGCUUAUUCACCUUCAUAAUAAGAAAGAUAUCAACCUGCGUAGAAAGGACUACCAAGACUGUUUGUAUGUUGAUCAGUCGUCUGCCGAACAAUUUUUUGGUAAGGCGUUGGCAGAGGGCUUCAAACAAUUUCUUACUAAGGUUGAACAAGAUGAAUCAAGGAUGUAA